AUGAAGACGGCGAUAGUGACAGGUGGCUGCGGCGGGAUCGGGUUCGGGCUGGUGCGGCACCUGCUCUCGCAGCCGGACUGGCGCGUGGUGAUCGCAGACAUCCGCGGCGAGGCGUACACGGCCAUCGCAGACGGGCUGGAUCCGGCGCGGCACCUGUUCGUCGCCACGGACGUCGGGUCGUGGGACUCGCAGGCCGCGCUGUUCAGGCAGGCGUUCGCCUGGACGGGCCCGGGGAGCGGACGCAUCGACUUCUUCGCGGCCAACGCGGGCACGGCCGAGAGGGAGCACAUCGCGCUGGCGAACCCGGACGCGCCCGACUUCGACGCCGACGAGCCCCUCCCGCCGCCCAUGCUGUGCACCCAGGUCAACCAGAUCGGCGUCUUCUACGGGCUCAAGCUGUUCGUCCACUAUGCCCGGCGCACCGCAAAGGCGCUGCUGGCCGGAUCCUCCUCCUCCGCAUCAUCACCACCACCAAACGGCGUCGAGAAGCCCACCAAGACCCUCAACCCGUCAUCGCUGCUGUCACCAUCCGCAGCCGCCGCCGCGGCAGCAGGAUACAACCCCAAGUUCGUCAUCACGUCGUCGUGCGCGGGGCUGUACCCCUUCCCCGUGGCGCCCGAGUACUGCGCGACCAAGCACGCCGUGCUGGCGCUGACCCGGUCGGUCGGGCCGGUGCUGUACGCGACGGAGAACGUCGCCGUGAACUGCAUCAACCCGGCGUACGUGGACACGGGCAUGACCCCGUCCGACGUGACGGCGCAGUGGCCCCCGGAGUGGAUCACGCCCGUGAGCACCAUGGUGCGCGCCUACGCCGAGCUGAUCUCCGAGGCCGGCCGGGUCGAGCAGGACGGCCGGUCCGAGGGCGUCGACGGCGUGGUCAAGACGGGCCAGAGCGUCGAGUGCGUCGUCGACCGGCUGUUUUACCGCAAGCCCGUCGAGUACGCCGACGAGAGCCAGCGGUUCCUCAUCGAGCAGAGCCUCGAUCUCACCGACGGCCUCUGGUGGAAGGGCGCGAGGGAGAGGUUCGCAAAGAGGCAGUCGGCCGCGCCACAGGCUGGGGGCACGUGA